CCAGCUCCUUGCCUCCAACUCCCUCCCCUUCCACGCCCGCCCUCUCGCCUUCGCCGUCCCAAAGUGGAUUAAUUAUACGCUUUCUGUUUCUCUGCGCUGCUCUCUCCCGCUGUGAGCCUGCCCGCCUCUCGCUGUCCUCUCUCCCUCUCGCCCUCUCUUCGGCCCCCCCUUUUCACGUUCACCCUGUCUCUCUCACUAUCUCUGCCCCUCUCUGUCCUUGAUACAACAGCUGACCUCAUUUCCCGAUACCCUUUCCCCCCCUAAAAGUACAACAUCUGGCCCGCCCCGGCCCGCAGACAGCCCGUCCUCCCUAAAGAAUCAGACAAAAUUUCCCCCCCCCCCCCAAAAAAGCCAUCCCCCCGUUCUGCCCCGUCGCACAUUCGGCCCCCGCGACUCGGUCAGAGCGGCGCUGGCAGAGGAGUGUCCGGCAGGAGGGCCUUCGCCCGCUGUUCGGUUUGCAAUACGCAGCAGGAAGGUGGGCGGCUCCGGUGCCGGCUUCCAGACAUCAAUGGGGAUCACAGCAGGAAAGUCGAUGCUGGUGCUUCUUGCCUUCUUGGCCUUCGCCUCGUGCUGCUAUGCUGCUUACCGCCCCAGCGAGACUCUGUGCGGCGGGGAGCUGGUGGACACCCUCCAGUUUGUCUGUGGGGACCGCGGCUUCUACUUCAGCCGACCAUCCAGCCGCAUAAACCGACGCAGCCGUGGCAUCGUGGAAGAGUGUUGCUUCCGAAGCUGCGACCUGGCCCUGCUGGAGACCUACUGUGCCGCCCCCGCCAAGUCCGAGAGGGAUGUGUCUGCCUCUACGACCGUGCUUCCGGACGACUUCACAGCAUACCCCGUGGGCAAGUUCUUCCAAUAUGACACCUGGAAGCAGUCCACCCAGCGCCUGCGCAGGGGCCUGCCCGCAUUCCUGCGAGCACGCCGGGGUCGCACGCUCGCCAAGGAGCUGGAGGCGCUCAGAGAGGCCAAGAGUCACCGUCCGCUGAUCGCCCUGCCUACCCAGGACCCUGCCACCCACGGGGGCGCCUCUUCCGAGGCAUCCAGCGAUUAGAAGUGAGCCAAAGUGUCGUAAUUCUGCCAAGUGACACCAUCUACCUCGCGCCGUCCUCCUGACCGGGACCGCCCCACUAGGUCUCUCUCUGAAAUCCCUGUACCGUCCUGUCUGCGGGCUCCCCUGACCCGGCCUCUGUGCCCCAACCUCCCCAUGUCAGGCAAGUCCCCCUCGGCCCCUUCCAUCUGGCCGAGGGGAUCAGAACAACAUCUCUAAAAACGUACAAAACCAAUUGGCUUUAAAUAUCCCCCCAAAUUAUCACCCCCCAAAUUACCCCCAAAUUAUACAACCAAAAUUGCAAUCAUAAACCCCUCAAUCAGCCCCCUUGAAAUGAAUUGGCUUUUUAGCAACACCAGAAAAGCAAACUAGCUUUCCAAAAACUUUAAAAAAAAAAAAAUCAAUUGGCUGAAAAAAAUACUAAAAAUAAAUUGGCUUAAAAACAAUUGGCAAAAUAAAAGAAUUCGGCCCCCCCCCUUCCUUCUCAUUCCCUUUGGAUCUGGACUUAAAUUGGCUUUGAUAUAAUCAUCUAAGAGAAAGGAAGGGACCAAAUUUCCAGGUAGGCUUGUCCCUGCUGGCCAGCCAUCUCCGCCCCCCUCGCCAGGCCCUCCCCGGGCACUGGCAGUGUGACACCAAAGACCCCAACCCGCUCCUCCUCCAAGUUUCCAUCACUGGGACCCUACAGAGCAGUGAGGGGACGCUGUGAGACCAGAGGAGGGGAGUGCGGAGCAGAAACCCCGAAUCGCGCAGGUAGAAUCGAAUUGGCAAAACACCCCCACCCUCCAAAAUCUGACAUCACAAUCCGUACCUUGGAAAGCACAUGCAACCCUGCAUACACACACACCCACAUACACACAUCCAUGCACGCACACGCACCCACAUAGCCUCACAUGCAUCCAUGCACGCACACACACCCACACCCACACACAUCCACGCACACACACACACAUCCAUGCACACACACACACCCACAUAGCCUCACAGGCAUCCAUGCACGCACACAUACACACACCCACAUCCAUGCACACACACACCCCCACAUAGCCUCACAUGCAUCCAUGCACGCACACAUACACACACCCACAUCCAUGCACACACACACACCCACAUAGCCUCACAUGCAUCCAUGCACGCACACACACACACAUCCACGCACACACCCAUGCACACACACCCACACACACAUCCAUGCACACACACGCACCCACAUAGCCUCACAUGCAUCCAUGCACGCACGCACGCACACACCCACACACACAUCCAUGCACACACACGCACCCACAUAGCCUCACAUGCAUCCAUGCACGCACACACACACACACACAUCCAUGCACGCACACGCAGCCACAUAGCCUCACAUGCAUCCAUGCACGCACACACACACACACGCACAUCCACGCACACACACACCCCCCCACAUAGCCUCACAUGCAUCCAUGCACGCACACACACACAUCCACGCACACACACACACCCACAUAGCCUCACAUGCAUCCAUGCACGCACACACACAUCCACGCACACACACUCACCCACAUAGCCUCACAUGCAUCCAUGCACGCACACACACACACACCCACACACCCACACACACACACACACACACACACUCUCUAGGGACACCUGUGUCCAGCCUUGUGCAGCUGAGACCGAAUUCCAUCCCAAAUUAUUCUCUGAGCUGCCCCGAGAUGAGGUUUUCCUGUUCCGUGCUCCCCUCUGGUCCCCUGGGAUGCGCCAUGGUGGGAAGGUGUGUCUCGGGCUCAGGCAGGUGGUUCCAUCUUUCCGAGAAGAGGAUGAUCCCCACCUCUUCUCGGCACCUGUCCUGACCCCACAGCCCACAGAAUGUAAGUCCUGGGUGCCCCCAGACCCCAGGGGCAUCCACGCACCGACCAUCGUGCAGAGCGAGGAACGGUUUGGCCAGGCAGGAGAUGGCUGCAGCUAAGCGAGACGAGCCCUACCACGUGGCCUGACCCCCUGGGUGUGCUCCUGCAAGAUCUGGGGAGCCCUCUCCCCCGAGCACACCUAGGGAUCAUCUUUGCCAGCCUCCUGGGGAAGCCUCUCAGAAAUGAGGGGCCCCCCCGGAGGCUGGCAAAGGUGACGGGGAGUGUGGGAAGU